AUGACGCGUCUAUUCGCGAUCACCAUGUUCGGCUCCCGCAUGUUCACCAAGCUCGAUGCCUUCGGCGUUCAGGCUAUCGUACAGCUUGAAGUGGGCACAGGAUUCAUCGAUUGUGGAUUGACUGGCGACUCGUGCGGUCAGCCCCUCUUCACCCACAAGCCAGGCUACUGGUACAAGAGCACUGCCCAGAUGUCCCGUGACAUCAAGCAGUCCAUGCGACACAGCAUGUAA